CCCUUGCUCACGACUGCAUUUGUAGAAUGUCUGCGUACGACCUGUCUCUGGACGAUAUAAUUCGAAGCAAGAGGAAGAAACCAUUUCUACAGAAGAGCGGCGCGGGUAGAGGGCAGAGGCCUCCAAUGAGGGGUCGCGGUCGGGCGGGAUUUAUCAGUCAAACCGGCGGUCGAGUGGGCUCGUUAGGUAGAGGAAGAGGUGGCAAACCAUCUCAUCUGAUGUCAAACGACUUACGCUUAACAAGACUUGGACUAUCAACUAGGAAGUUACAAACACAUUCUCCCGGAAAGAAACAAUUCACUGGAUUUGAUUUGAGGCAGAAAAUUGUGGCUCGUAGUGGACAGUCACAAGUCCACGCCAAGCCUCACAGACCGGCACUCGAGGGAAGGACACUCACGAGAGCAAUAACAGAUACAGUUAGUGAUCAGUUGGGCAGAGUGACCAAGCCAAUUGAAGUUGACCCUAAGCCUACAGUAAAAUCAGGUAGAGGAAUCAAGGUGACCAUCAAGGGUUUGGGAAGAAGAGCAAUUGCCCGUCAGGAACCAAUCCAGGUAGAUAGACGGGAAGGGAACCAGCGAGACUUUGGGAUGAGAAGAAUAUCGGCACUAAACCACACUGUUAGAGUACGCGAAAUAGAUGAGAGACGUAAAGGCAGUCGGUAUGCAGAACAUGUGCGUCAUCGUCCAGGACUCGAAGACGACAGUCCAAGAGUCCUUUCACCAUACAAAAUGCGACCCAAGCAGCCGUUGUCUGUCACCACUGGCACACGUCUCGUUGUCUCCAAUCUCCAUCCCAACGUAUCAGACAGAGACAUUGUGGAAUUAUUCUCGGCUGUAGGCGAAGUGCAGUCCGCGUGCUUCAUCGACCACGGGGUUGCAGAAGUGAUUUACUACAGACCCGAUGACGCUGAGGUCGCGUUCAAGAGAUAUCACAAUCGCAACUUGGACGGACGUCCAAUGAUAGUCAAGGUCGGUGUGCUCAAGCCAGACAUGUACGGUGAUGCAGGAGUCUUCGACAGGACAAGUCGCCGCGUUGCUGCUUACCAGCGUCCUCUAGCAGAUGAUGGCAUUGGCUUUUCUGUCAGAUUCUGAAUGUACUCGUGCAGUUGCGUUGGCAUGUAGUUGGUAUUGUAUACGUAGACUGUACGAGCCGCUCGUUACAUGCUUCCGGCUUAGCUAUUAGGGCGUAAACUAGGGAGUGAAACUUGAGGGAAAAACGGAACGAGUGUGACAUUGUGUUA